AUGUCGAAUUCGAGUCACGAGGAGAGUUGCUCGUCCAACACAUCCAUUUCUGACGAAGAAUUGGAUUGCAUCCCUUGCGAAUCAUGUGCCGUUCCUCCCAAAAGCCUGGAAAACGUCUUCCCUACACUAGAUACCCAGACGAGCCAGUUCGUCAAAAUGCCUGACACUGAUUACAUCCUUAUCUCUCUGGAUUUCCAUCGUGUUUGCGGGAUAGAGCGUAGCGUAUCGCUAGAUGGACCGACAUAUGGACACGACCCUGUCGUCGAGGCCGGAGUCGCGUAUCUCGACAUGCGAGACAUCCUGUAUGACCGUGGUAAGGGCGUCAUGCCUGGAGAUCGUGGAUCGUCCUGGUUCAAAUACAUGACUCCUCUUCAUUAUAUCGUGGAAGAGCUCGAGGACCAAGAACCCGUCAAAAUUGCGCUGUUGCAACUUCGUCUGGAAUGGUUAGCGGAACCCAACGUGCAGAUAUGGGACUUGAAGAAGGAGAAGCAAUUUGAGACACGCCUUCAACAACCAGCAGCAUUUGAGCAUGUUCUGGAGCGUCUGGGUAUUCGCUUUGAAGAUACUCGAUUCGGAAAACUAUCGUCAUGCACAGGUAAUGCAGCUGUGUUUAUGAUUCAGACGAUCCUGGCAUUCUUUUAUAGGGAUGAACACCAAAAAGCCUCGUUUGAGAGGCGUAGACCGUUGAGUUGGCUGCGAUAUACUUGGGUAGGCCAUUCAUUAGAUCAGCUUAAUUUGGCGCCGGGAGAGUUACCAAAGAGAAGGCGUGAAAGCGAGAUGAAUCGUCAUAAUCUGCCUCAGAGGAAGAAUGAGAAGGCAUUCGGCUGA